AUGCCCAAAUCCAGCCAGGAGUCCAGGUUUGCCCUGACUGCUGCCAAUAUCAAGCGGUGCAACAGCCCAGCAUUGCCCCAGACACCCCACAUGGGUGAGGGAGAGGAGGAAGCACUGCCAAACCAGGGCUCCUAUGGGUGCAAGUGCCAGUCACUGCUGCCGCCAGAGGAUGUCUUCAGAGCCAGGGUCGGAGACAGGAGAGGCCUCAAGAAGCCGUGUUCGUUCAGCAUCGAGGACAUCCUCUCCAGCCCAGCAAAGAAGAGCCCCCAGGUCCUGGUCCCGCUGUGCCUGCGGGGCGUCUUGGACUGCGCACCCAAGGGGCUGUACACCCGGUUCCCCUGGCCCCUGCGGCUCUUCAACUCAGCGGUCAGGGUCUACAAGAGCCCCCAGAGGAGCCCCAGUGAGCUGCAGACUUUCCACCAGAUCCAGCGCCGGACACGCCGGCAUCGCACCAUAUUCACUGAGGACCAGCUGCAGGCCCUGGAGACGCUGUUCCACCAGAACCAGUACCCGGACGUCAUCACCCGCGAGCACCUGGCAAAUCGCAUUCACCUGAAGGAGGAGAGGGUCGAGUUUUGGUUUAAAAAUCGGCGGGCCAAGUGGCGACCUAGCUCCCGCGGCAGAUACCUCACCAGACAUCACCCUGGGAUGCGCAAGCAGAAAGCACCGCCGAGAGGCUUAGAGAAAAUCAUUCAGCGAGACUUCUUUCCUGACGUGGAGAAGUUGCGAGCACAGAAGGAGUAUCUGGAGGCUGAAGAAAAUGGUGACUUGGAGAGAAUGAGACAAAUUGCUAUCAAGUUUGGCUCCUCCUUGGGCAAAUCAUCGAGGGACACACCCGCACCCUAUGUUACUCCAGCCACAUUUGAAACCCCAGAAGUGCAUCCAGGUGGUCUUCCACUGGGGAAUAAAUCCAAAGCUGGCAUCAAAACUGCAGAGGAAGGAGAAGCAGAAAAAGAUGAUAAAGAUGAACUCCCCAGUCUGGACAGCUUCUUAGCAAAACACACAAGUGAAGAUAACGCUUCGUUUGAGCAGAUCAUGGAAGUGGCCAAAGAGAAGGAGAAAGUCAAGCAUGCUUGGCUGUACAGUGCAGAAGAGGAGAAAGCCAAGCGACGAAGUGAGAACCUGGCACUUCCUUCAGCAGAGCAGCAAGCUCUGGGGAGUGAGAAAGCUGGACUGGAGACCUGGGAGUACACGGCUCGAAACACCCUCAUGUAUUAUCCAACAGGUGUACCUGAUGAGGACGAUGUAUUUAAGAAGCCCAGGGAAGUUGUCCAUCGAAACACCCGUUUUGUGAAGGACCCUUUUAGCCAAGCUGUGAGCAAGUCACAGCUCCAACAAGCUGCAGCCCUCAAUGCCCAGUACAAACAAGGCAAAGUGGGACCAGAUGGGAAAGAGCUGAUACCCCAAGAGUCCCCAAAAGUAAAUGGAUAUGGAUUUGUGGCUACCCCCUCUCCUGCCCCUGGUGUGAAUGAGUCUCCUUUUAUGACAUGGGGUGAAAUCGAAAGCACCCCUUUGCGUCUAGAAGGGUCAGAAACUCCGUAUGUGGACAGAACACCUGGACCAGCCUUCAAGAUCCUGGAGCCUGGGCGCCGUGAGAGGUUAGGACUCAAGAUGGCCAAUGAAGUGGCAGCUAAAAACCGAGCAAAGAAGCAGGAGGCACUUAGAAAAGUGACAGAAAACUUGGCCAGCCUUACUCCGAAAGGAUUAAGCCCAGCAAUGUCACCAGCUUUGCAAAGACUAGUAAACAGGACUGCAAGUAAAUAUACCGACAAAGCCCUGCGAGCCAGCUAUACUCCUUCCCCAGCCCACACAGGAACUCCUGGUUACAAGACCCCAGCAAGCGGGCCUCAUACACCCACAAACACCCCACAGUCUAGGACAGUAUCUCAGACGCCAGUAUCUCAGGAUACUACAUCAAUCACAGACAAUUUACUGCAGCUUCCUAAAAGAAGGAAGGUAUCUGAUUUCUUCUGAGUAUUCCAGUCACCAGCAAGGCGACAGUGAACUGGCUGUGCUCAUCUGCCUGCAAACUGGGUGUUGUAAGGGGUCUCCAGCUGCAGCUGUCGGAAUGGAAGCCAGCAGUUACAAGAUCUGGGACCAGCGCUACUCUAGACUAUAUAGCUGAAAUGGCCUGUGAUGUGCUUUUUAGAAGCAGAGUAUCUCCUGCUGUGGUAUAACUUCCCUUUGAACUGCGUGGGUUGGAUGCACAGAGCUGCUGUAACAAAAGGAUGCUUCCUGCAAUGGCAGAGAAGAUUCUGGACUAUUGGAAAACAGCGAUAACUUUUUAAAGAUAUAUUUCUCUUUUUAAGAUGGCUAUGCAUUUAAGUACCUUUCUGUACAGAUAUGUGCAUUUAUAAAAUGUGGUAAGCCUUCC